AUGAUUAACGUGAUUCUUUGUUUGAUCUUGAAACAUCAAGCACAACACACUCCGUGCACGCGGCGUGCACUUUACCAAUUCUAUGAUCUGGACAAUAGUAGUCCGUACAACACGUCAACACUAGUAUUAAUCCAAAUAGUACAACGUCACGGUGACCAUGCGCCAUUUAGUUUCUACCCAGGUGAUCCCUACGCCAAUGACUUGUGGCCGGACGGUUUGGGCGAACUUACGCCCAAAGGCAAGCGCCGCAUGUAUAACACGGGCAGACAGUUGCGUUACCGAUACGGCCAUUGGCUGGGAGUGUCGCCCAAAACUAUAUACCAACGAAGUCAAGGCGUGGACCGGUGUCUGGAAAGCGCGUACGCCGUGUCCGCCGGUAUGUACGCGCCGGAGGGCCGGUGGGUGUGGGACCGUGGGCCGACAGUGCCCACGACUAUUGACGCACUGUUGUCGGCAUCGGCCACGUGUCCAACGGCCUCAACACUACAGUCCCAAUUGGCAAACUCGCCGGCGGCCACAGCCUAUCUGGCCCAGAACCAGGCGUUUAUUGACCAAUUGAACAAUGUGGCCAUGUUAAAUUAUUCUACAUUAACACAGUUUGAGAAUUUAUAUAUAACUCUUGAGGACGAACUCGAUUACCCAAAAGCACCGCCCGCGUGGCUCCGGGCGAUGGGUGUCACGCGUACGAUGGCUCGGCUCGAGUUGUUUCUCUACACAUUGUAUAAUUUGUUUGCAGAUAAUUUUGAGCUAUUACAAUUACGCGCGGGACCACUGGUCGGUGUGCUAUUAAGCAACAUGCAAACUGCUAUAUCCAUGGCCACCAACACCACCAUGGUGAAA